AUGACAGAAUCAAACUUUGGAGCAAAAACGACCGCACAUGAAGUCGUCAAACGUCUUAAUGUAAAUCUCGAUGGAAAAGUAGUGUUUAUCACAGGAGCAACGUCAGGUAUUGGUGUUGAAACAGCUCGAGCAUUAGCAAGUACCAAUGCUCAUGUGUUUAUCACUGCUAGAGACAUGAAUCGAGGAGCACAGGUUGCAGAGGACAUUAAGAAAACAACAGGCAACAAUCAAGUUGAUGUUUUGGAACUUGAUCUUACUUCAUUAGAAUCUGUUCGAAAUUGUGUUCAUCAAUUUCGAUUACAUAAAUUACCUAUUAACAUCCUCAUAUGUAAUGCUGGUAUUAUGGCAUGUCCAUAUUCAAAGACAAAAGAUGGAUAUGAAUUGCAGUUGGGUGUUAAUCAUCUUGCUCACUUUCUUCUUGUAACUUCUCUUUUGCCUGAACUCAAAGCGGGCAAACCGGCACGUGUUAUAAUGGUUAGUUCAGUACUCAACAAAUUUCAAGGUAUCAAUUUCGAAGAUAUCAAUUGGGAGAAGAACUAUGACAAAUGGUUGGCUUACGGUCAGAGUAAAACUGCUAAUAUUUUAUUCGCCCUACAGUUAAAUAAAUUAUAUAAGUCUGAAGGACUUCGUGCAUUCGCUUUAAAUCCUGGUGCUAUUAUGACUAAUCUACAAAAUGUUCUACCAAUUGAAGAGCAACAAGCAAUGGGAUAUUUUAAAGAAGAUGGUACACUAGCUGAUUAUUUUAAAAGUGUUGAACAAGGAGCAUCAACCAGUGUUUAUGCUGCUUUAGCAUCUGAACUUGAUCAUUCUGAUGGCGAAUAUUUAGAAGAUUGUGCUAUUACUCGAAUAGUGAAUGACAACAAAACUGAAUUUAUAGGUAGAGCACCACAUGCAGCAGAUAUGAAAGCAGCUGAACAACUUUGGACUUUGAGUGAAAAAAUGGUAGCAGAAUAA